CCCAAUCGAAGAGCAGCGGAUCAUUGGACAAGACUGAUAGGUCACCGUCAUAGAAAGAUGUGGAAAGAGAAAACCGAAAUAUUUUUACCCAUUUAGAUAGACAGUUGUUCCCCGUGUAAGAUAUGAAAGUACAGGUUUGUUCAAAUGCUGUUUAUAUUGUACAAUGUGGUCUACCUGUGGAAUUAAUUAUGCCAGCGAACACGGAACGGAAAGUCUCGAAUUUUCUCCAAACCAACUUUGUACAAAUGACUACGGGUUCCUGGUGUAACGGGAUGCAGUAAACUAAUUGACCAAAGAAAGAAUAUAUGUGUGUGACAUGAAACUUAUAGGAGUGACUGGAAAUCCGAGACGACCGGGAAUCGGAGACUUCAUUGUAUAAACUCAUCUUUACUGUAUUAGCUUGUCUUCAACAUAGGGUUUUUUAUGUGGUUCCUUGUGUAUCAAUAAAGAGUGGACUGAUGGAGCAAAGAAAGAGUUUAUGUGGUUGUGAUUCAAAGACAUAGACAUGGACACAGCAAGCUCCACAUAUAGUACACAUAAGUGUUCUAAGUGUCCGGGGGACACAGAAUACCAUUGUGUAUCGUGUCCAUGUGAUCUGUGUCCCCAGUGUAAAGAGAACCAUGUAAAAGAUCUCCAAACAAUAGACCAUGAUGUUGUGUCACACCGUGAUAAAAUCAACUACAUCCCAACACAAGAGAUCUGUGUGAGACAUCCUAGCCAUGUUUAUACAAAGUACUGUGAACCUUGUCAAGUUCCUCUGUGUUAUUCUUGUUCCGAAGACCAAUCGCACAGAUUCAAAAGUGUUCUCUAUGGCCAAGGACAGCAUGAAAUACUGGAUAUACAAAUAGCCUAUAAAACAAAGCGACAACAACACAGAGGAACCAUUCACACCAUCAGAAGUGAGGCUCUCUUUUACAGACCUGUUCUCCUGACAGGAAUCAAAACUGAUUUCAAAACCUGUCACACAGAGUUCUCCCUCUAUCAAUCAGAGAUGUUAACAAAGGCCCAGACACUGAAGCAUCUCAUUAACAUAGUGAGAAAAGAUUUCAUGAAAAAUGUGUUUUGUGACUUUGAUUUCAAACACAGAUGUUUAAAACAGAUGAUAGAAAUGAGCAGACAUAUUAUCAGCCUGCAGGAAUAUGAACUCAGAUAUGUACAGCCAGAAUUCACAUUCAGUGCACUACAAUUCCUCUCAUUCACAAAGACAGCCCUCCCCCAGAUAAAUCUUACACUCCACACCAGCCAGCUCUCCAUGACUGAGUCACUCAACAAGGAGGAUGUGAUGGAGUCACUGAGUGCAAUCCAAAUCACAGAGAGAGGAAACCGACGCGUAGGAAACCAGUGUCUGCUGAAACUGACGUCUGGUGCUGAGUUCCAUCAAUCUCUCACACUGACAGGUGUUGGUCGUUGUUCUCACAUUUCCUGUGUGACAUCAGACCGGGUCUGGGUCAGUGGUAUAAACAAUAUCAUGUUGACAGACACAACAGGUGUCCCUCUACAUCGUGUGGAGGAUUCAUGUCAUAGUUUAUAUGGAUUACACACAGUGAACAGUGAGAGUGAACUUAUUUAUAUAGAUUGGAAUUCUAACAUCAACAAACUGUCAAAGGAUAUGAAAACAACCACCACAUUUAUAGAGAGAACAGACUCUACAUGGGAACCACUGUGUGUGUACUGGUCCCUGUCCACUGGGGAUCUACUGGUCGGGAUGUAUAACGAUGAUACAGACACAGGCAAGGUAACCCGGUACAACCAGAGUGGACAACUCACACAAACCAUACAGAACGACAACACAGGUAUGGGACUGUAUAGUAGACCUAAAUAUAUAACAGAGAACAACAAUGGGGAUGUCGUGGUGUCUGACUAUGACUAUGACAAUGAGUCUGGUGCUGUAGUGUUGACAGAGCGUGGAGGAAGACAUCGUUUCUCCUACAAAGGACAUCCAUCAGGAUCAGGACUAGAUCCACGUGGAAUCUGUACUGACCCGCUGUCACACAUCCUGGUGUGUGAUGGUAAUACCAAAACAGUACAGAUGUUAGACGAGGACGGUCAGUUCCUGUCACAUCUACUGAUAAGACCAUCAGGGAUAUUCUCACCACGGAGCCUGAGUUAUGAUGUCAACACUCACCGUCUCUGGGUCGGAUCAGUGGACAACAACACGGUGGUUAUAUACAGGUAUAUCACCAGACAGGACGCUCUGACAGAUCUGAAUCCAGCCACUGCUGAUGUGAUGGAGUCACUGAGUGAAAUCCCAACCACAGGGACAGAAAAACCACAGCAAGGAAACCAGUGUCUGCUGAAACUGAUGUCUCACCCCAAGUUACUUCCCUCUCUCACAGUGACAGGUGUUGAUCGUUGUCAUCACAUUUCCUGUGUGACAUUAGACCGGGUCUGGGUCAGUGAUGAAGACAAUCUCAUGUUGAUAGACACAAAAGGUGUCCCUCUACAUCGUGUGGAGGAUUCAUGUAGUGAUUAUAAUAAAGGAUUACACACAGUGAACAGUGAGAGUGAACUUAUUUAUAUAGAUUGGAAUUAUAACAUCAACAAACUGUCAAAGGAUAUGAAAACAACCACCACAUUUAUAGAGAGAACAGACUCUACAUGGAGACCAUGGUGUGUGUUCUGGUCCCCGUCCACUGGGGAUCUACUGGUCGGGAUGUAUAACUAUGAUACAGAGACAGGCAAGGUAACCCGGUACAACCAGAGUGGACAACUCACACAAACCAUACAGAACGACAGCACAGGACUGGGGCUGUAUAGAGAACCUGACUAUAUAACAGAGAACAACAAUGGGGAUGUCGUGGUGUCUGACUCUAUAGCCCAUAUGUCUGGUGCUGUAGUGGUGACAGAGCGUGGAGGAAGACAUCGUUUCUCCUACACAGGACAUCCAUCAGGAUCAGAACUAGAGCCACGUGAAAUCUGUACUGACCCGCUGUCACACAUCCUGGUGUGUGAUAGUACAACCAAAACAGUACAGAUGAUAGACAGGGACGGUCAGUUCCUGUCACAUCUACUGAUAAGACCAUCAGGGAUAUUAUCACCAGGCAGCCUGAGUUAUGAUGUCAACACUCACCGUCUCUGGGUCGGAUCAUUGUUCAACAACACGGUGGUUAUAUACAGGUAUAUCACCAGACAGGACGCUCUGACAGAUGAAGACACACCCCGUCCUGAUGGGGAGGCCAUGUCCAGCUCAACACCAGCCGUAUAAUGGAGAUAGCUGGGAUAUUGACAGAUGGGCCAAUUUUACCUGACCAUGAGGGGAGAAAACAGAACACCUUACUUGAAAUCCUUACAGAGGAAGACAGAAAACAGACAUUGACUACGUAGACCACUUAAAGCAAUAUGACGUCAUUAUCUUCAAGUACGCACUGACCUGAGUCACUCAGUCACCUAUUGAAAUUGGUCUUUGUCCGUCGUCAUGUGUUGUCCGUCGUGUGUCUUUCCUUUACAAUAUAACUUUUUUAACUUUUUCUUGAAAACUAGAGGGUCACUAUUUUUUGUUUGAAACAUCUCUUGAUUAAAAAGAAUCUGAAAUAUGAAAAUUAUGACCCUACCACCCUCAGGGCCCCAUGGGUGGGACCUAAUAUCCGAAAAAGGCCAAAUUUUUCUUCUCUACUACGUACCAAAAGAUUAAUUUUUUGUAAGGGUAUAGAUGAUGUGAGAUUUCUCCCACUGUUUACCCCCCCCCCCCCCACUUCAUUUUAAUGAAUAAAUGUUUCGAACAGCAACAAAAAAAAGUGGGUUGACAGUCAGAGGAGUCUCAGAUUAGAGAAGCUUACAAUUCUAACAUGAGACUGUGACUUGUCAGUUUAAGGGCUAUGGUACUCAGGUGACCAUCAAGGCAUGUGUGUCUCUUGUUUAAUAGUACUCACAAAGCAGAUGAAAUGCAAUUUGAACUAUAUUUUAAUUUUGUUCAUGUAUAAGGACAAAUAUUUAGAUCCUAGAAUUUGUGAAAGACCAAAUACUUAUCAAUUUGUAGAAUUGAUGUCACCAUCAUUGUUCAUAAGAUGCCUGAAUCAGCCGGUCCUCCUUUUGUAUUUUUUUAAUACUUUAUAUUCUACCUCGUACAAUUUAUCAACAAAUGUAAACAUUGUAUAUGUGUAUUAUGUUUUCGAUGGUGUGUGUUAAACAGUUGAAUAUAACUGUAUUAUCUGUGGAGUGACCGAUAAUAUAUGGACUCGUUUUGAAUAAUGCGUCAUUAUUUGAACCUGUGUUCUGUGUACAUGAACUAUACAGUAAUUACUUAUUGUAUUGUCUUAUCAUUUUAUUUCACAGUAUGUUAUCUGUUUAAAGUCUGUGGUCUGUGUACAUGAACUAUACAGUAAUUUGUUAUUUUACAUUGAUAUCAAUUUUUGGAACCGAGUUUUCCAAAGGAGAAAUCCAGUUAUUGAAAUUGUCAAAUGGCAUGCAGGCGGGCAGCUGCCAAAAGGCUACCCCUAUUGUACGGCUAACUCCUCAUAAAGUCUUUAAGAUAGGAAGUUGUUGAUAUGCAGACCAAUUAAACUUAUAUAAGAGAUGUGCAUAUUACUUGGAUUUUGAUUUUUGAUAUUUAUAGAUCAAAUACUGUAGAUUCCUUAUUUUACGCGAGUACUUAAUUCCGCGAUUCAACGGUUUUCCAUCAAAUCGCAAGAACAUAAAAUCGCGAAUGCCGAAAUUUUAUCAUAGUUUCAUGUAGUUUACAUAUGUCUGAAAAUUAAAAGCGAGAUUUUAAAUUUCGCGAGACGGGCUUCUCGCGAUUUUACGCGGAUAUUAAUUCCUCGCAUUUAAUUAGGAAUUUACAGUAUCUGCUGUUGAACUUAGUCAUUUUCUCACAGAAUAUAUUAUAUAGGGUACCCCAUUGUACAGAUAACUCCUCCUACGGUUUUUAAGAUAAGAACUUGAUUUGCAGAUCAUUUGAACUUAUAUCAGAAAUGUGCAUAUUAAUUCGAUUUGGAUUUUUUUAAUAAUUUAUGAUAAAAAUAUUAGGUGUUGAACCAGGUCAUUUUUGGCAGAAUAUUGUAUAUAGGGUACUCCAUUUCUCUGGAUAGGUAGUGUUUAUCAAUUCAGGAUAAAUGGAUUAUGAAUAUUGUACACAUACAAGAAAACUACGCUUGUUGUCACAUUGACAGCUUUUCACUUGUCCUGGUAUUGGUUUAGUAAAUUCUCAAUGGACAGUACAUGUUCUCUGUUUUACAUAUUUAAGUAUUUUGAAUGUUCUUAUAAAACCCAGGUGUAAUUUAGUGCUUGGACGUAGUUGUCACUUAAAAUUUGGACUAAUGUGUGAUUAUUAUUUUUGAUUAUUUGCACACAAGAAAUCUUGUAUAUUAAUGAAACAUCAUAUUCAAAGGGGAAUAACUCAAAAUUGAAUUCUUCAGUUCGAUACGAAUAAAGAGUUAUUCCCCUUUUCAUAGUGAUUUUUUAGAUAGAGUUUCGCCUAAGAACCGUAAUUUAUGUUGUUGACCCUCAAAAUAUUUUUACUACGAAAGUUAAUUGAAUAUCAGUUUAUAUUAGAUUUUUAAAAAUGUCAUAAUUAACGUGUUUGGAAAUUAAAGGGUGAAAAGGAGGAUUCAAAGUCUAUCAUACUGAAAUGUUUUUGUUUUUUAAAUGGCAACAUGUAAUUUUUUAUGAAUAUUUGACCUUCAUCUGUAUGUCAAUAUAAUGUAAAUUUACAGCUGAAUCGUGUAUUAAAUCCUUUAAGACCUGUAUACUUACAAUGUUAUGACAAGCUGCAUCAUGGGAUAGUGGUGUAAGGUAAAUGUUAUUCUGUCUGUAUCAACUGUUUGUAUUGGGUUUAUGAUGCAUUUUGUAAAAAUAUACCUAUAUGUAUAUUAUUGGUUUAUCACAUUUCUCCGACGUAAAAGACUGAGCUAUAUUGAUCCUGUAGAUACAAAACUCAUGUUUAUGUAAAUAGUUUUUGUGGAAUAUUGUGACCAAGUUGAAGUGAACUGAUUUUUUUUUCAAAAAUUAAUUUUUUUCUUUGUAUUUACGUUAACCAUGAAAUACAUAAUACUUAUAUACAAAUGAUUUUUGGUGAGUUGUAGCAAGCUCUAGAUAGAACUCAAUAAAUGUGAUAUUUAUUCAUA